CUGCUACGAUAUUGUCGUUAGCAGGAAAUAAAAUCAGAGCAACAGCUUAGCAGGUGACUAUUAAGUGUAAAUGUGUGUGUGUGUGUGGGGGGGGCAAUAAGUUGAUACCUGAAAUGUCUAGCAGGCCCGUGGGUUGGCCGGAGAGUGACCAAGGGUGGCCACCCAGUAGCUCGGCCACUCGUUGAGUUGCUUCUAUUCCAACUAACUCUCCACCCAAGAUACCCUGAAACAACGUUAGUGUCUCUUUUAAGGGUUUUAGUGUCGCAUUGGGAAAACAUGACAACACUGACUUGUUGACACUUAGAUGGGACACGCAUGUCCAGCAUUUCAUCGAAGAUCAGAUCAGGUAAAAAUGAAUGGAAGCAAAAACCUUGCACGAGGAUGGUGGGCGUGUCCACACGGGCAUGGCACACCUGGACUCCGCCCCUGACGGGAGAUAUUGGACCUGCAUCAUGUGCAGGUGCACACUUGAAGUCUCACACACACACACAUGCCUUCAUGGAGAUUGAUAGCAUGGUGGCCAACGGGCUGCUUGUAAGAGCCAGAGAAGGCUGGCUGGGCCUCUGUGUGUGUGUGUGUGUGUGUGUGUGUGUGCGCAGAUGGAGGCAUUAAAGGUCGAAGCUGGAAAUGGCAGGAGAUGCUCCGCUUCCCCAACAUCAGCCUCUGCUCCAACAUGGCCGCUGGCAUUGUGCGGGACUACACUGACCUGUGCGUGGAGCAGCCCAUCGGCAGGAGACUCUUUGAGCUCUUCUGUCGGAGCCGCGGGGACCUCCAGAACCACGUGGAACUCCACCAGGCUCUGGAUGACUUCAACAUGCAGCAUGACGAGGACAGACGCUCCUUUGGAAUCGGCAUCAUUGAACGAUUCCUCGCUCGGGAGUCCAAACAGCUCAUCCCUGAGGUGUCCAAACACAGACCAAGCUGCAUCCAGCAACUGGAGGUGGAUCCUUGCGGAGACGUCUUCAGAGACUGCAGGGAAGAUCUACAUUGGUACCUGAGUGGAGAACCUUUCCAUCAGUACCAGCAGAGCAUGUACUUUGACCGCUUCCUUCAGUGGAAGAUGCUGGAGAGGAGGCCCAUCACCAAGAACAUGUUCCGACAGUACCGAGUGCUAGGCAAAGGGGGCUUUGGAGAGGUGUGGGCGUGUCAGGUGCGGGCCACGGGGAUGAUGUACGCCUGCAAGAAGCUGGAGAAGACGCACGUGAAGAAGAGGCGAUGCGAGGCCAUGGCGCUCAACGAGAAGCAGAUUCUGGAGAGCGUGGACAGCCGCUUUGUGGUGAACUUGGCUUACGCCUACGAGACCAAGCACACCUUGUGUCUGGUUCUGACCAUGAUGAGCGGCGGCGACUUGAAGUUUCACAUUUACAACAUGGGCGUGGCCGGCUUGGACGCCGACCGAGUGCGCUUCUACGCCGCCGAAGUCUGCUGCGGCCUCAUGCACCUGCACGCCAAAUCCAUCCUUUACAGGGAUCUAAAACCCGACAACAUUCUCCUCGAUGAGCACGGACACAUCAGGAUCUCCGACCUGGGCCUGGCCAUCAGGGUCUCCGAGGGGGAGCUGGUGAAAGGCCGCGUGGGCACUCUGGGAUACAUGGCUCCAGAGGUGAUCGCCUACGAGCACUUCGGCUUCAGCGCCGACUGGUGGGGCCUCGGCUGCCUCAUCUACGAAAUGACGGCGGGUCAGCCGCUGUUCCGGACGCGGGGCAAGCCCUUCAAAAAGGUGCACUUGGAGCUGAAGAUCCUGACGCUGAAGGAGGAGUACAGUGACCGCUUCAGCCAGACGGCCAAGGACAUCUGCUCCCAGCUGCUCAUCAAAGACCCCAAGACCAGGCUGGGAUGCAAGGCGGCGGGAGGGAGAGAAGUUCAGUCGCAUCCCUUCUUCCGAGAAAUCAACUUCCGGAUGCUGGAGGCGGGGCUUGUCAACCCUCCUUUUACACCUGAUCCCAGGAUGGUGUACUGCAGCGACAUGCUGGACAUCGACGAGUUCUCCACCGUGAGGGGGGUCACGCUGGACUGCACAGAUGACCGCUUCUACGCGCAGUUCAACACGGGCAGCGUUCCCACAGCGUGGCAGAACGAGAUGAUCCAGACGGGAUGUUUCAGCGAGCUUAACGUUUUUGGACCUGGCGGCAGUCGACCUCCAGACUUGACUCCGGAGUUGUCUUCUCACGGGACUGGGGGUCGAAGACGUAGCCUGCUCAAAAAAAUCAUGCGCAAAUUUGAAACCAGGGGUGCACGAUAAUUAGCGAGCUGAUAAGAGGGAAUUAUGAUAGCAUACUGAUAAAUCCAUAGCUCCCAUAACAAUUUAAAAAUGUUAAAAACGCUCCAAUGACGCGAGAUUACCUGUACUGUUCGGGGGUGAGCAAAUCAAACGAACCCCGUCGAGCACACAGAAAACCUUAUCGGCUACCUGAAAGCACCAUCGCUAACACGCCUGGGGCUUGUUGUGCCACGGCAUUUGAAAAGCGCAAAAGGUCUGCCAGAGACCUCCGCAGCGUCACACCGGCCGCUCUCAACGUACGCCCGAAUACAGUGCACCUUGCUGGGCAACGCUAGGUGGCUCUUCCCACUCUACACGUCGCUUCUCCUGACCUCUGUUAAACUGUAAUACAGUUAAACAAGAAAAAUUUAAAAAAUGGAAAAAAGAGCAGUAAUUUUACCAGAAUAAAGUAGAAAUAUUAAAAUAUAGUCAUAACAUUCAUAUUAAAUAGUAAUUUUCACAAUAUUAGUAAUUAAAGAAUAAAGUCGAAAUCUUUGGAAAUUUCGGUUGGGGAAAAGAGUUGUGAUGUUACAAGUCAAAACAUUACGGGAAUAAUGUCACAGUGUUAUGAAAAAAAAGAAAAAAAAAAGGGUCUCCUCGCGCCCUACGUAGCAGCACACCGGCUGCUCGGAGCGUGUGCUCGAAUACAGUGCACCUUGCUGGGCCACAGCAGGUGGCUCCUCCCCCUCUAUACUCAUGACAUUUGAUCAGGACAAAUCAGCAGGUACACUUGGUCAAAUCCUAAUUUAUUCCGUCCUUCUUACCUCCUUCUUACAUAUAAUUUUUCAAAAAGCAGACAUUAAAACUGUCGGCUAUCAGUAUCUUGAGAAACAGAUAUCGUCGGUAUCAGUUUGGAAAACAAAUAUAUCGUGCGUACCCUUUUUAAACCCGUCCGGCUGAGUGUCCUCUGUCUGUCGGACGACAGACGACCCUGCCCUCCAACGUCUUCAAGUGGGGAAUUCUGUCCUCGCAUUACUUGAGGGCAGGAAGAGACUGCCUGGCAGAUGCAGUCUGCUGCACAUCAGACGUGCUUUGUCAGCAUAUUGCAAGCUUGUGUUGUAGCUCCCAGCUGCAGCCAGUCAGUGACACCACAGCUGCCUUGUAAAUAAACUGUACAAAUGUAGCUAAGUAAAGACUUGUUUUUUGUCUCUAAGAAAAUCCCUUUAGUAGUUGUGGCAAGUUUGACAAAAGGUCCAAGCUCAUUUUAAACAGAACAUGGCAUACUUUUAUUUGCGUCCUUUAAAAAAAAAUGCACACAGUGAGAAGACGGUGGAGCAACACAUCCGUACGUGUCUUGUGUGUCAUUGCAGGGGUGUCCAAAGUGUGGACAGGCGGCCAUUUGCAGCAGAUAUUAAUAUUAGAAAAUGAUGACAAAAACAUGAAAAAGAAUAAGAAAAAAUAUUUCCACAAUUUCUGCAAUUUUAGUAACGAAACAAAGAAGAAAGUUUCAAUUUUUGCAAAAUUAGGUUCGUCUUGAAACAUAAAUAACUUGUUAGCGUAUCUACAUGUCCCCCAUAUUCUUUGAUUUUGGCGUACGCGGCCCUCGCUGGCCAGUCUGGACACCCCUGCUCUAACGCAAAAGGCUGACGAAUGUCUGCUCUUGUCACACUAAUUCGUUUUUAUUUAAACGUAUUUUAAAUAAAAAUGAAGCAAUUAGAAGAGGUGUCUGCUACAGAGUGUAAAUAUUGAUAAUGGUGAUAAAACCAGCUGCCUGUUUCCACAGAUGUGUGAGGGGGAGGCGGGGGCUCACCCCUCCCACGGCGGGCUGCGUCGCCCGUCCACGUCGGUCUCCACGUGGUAGAGCGUGUCGGCCAGCGUGUGCUCGAUGACGGCGCCCCAGCCCAUGUCGCUCAUCUGAGGGAGAGGAGGAAGUGCUGAGACAUGA